AUGCGGUGGGGAAAAGGAAACGCACCCGAAGGCGUAGUUAAGCGCUAAAUCUUACAGUAAUUAAAGUUUAGGCAGCAGCUUUACACACCUAUAAGAACACCAUGGGUUUGCUCUCACUGUCCUCUGUACGGCUGCUGGUGCCACCUCUGCGACUCAUGUCUGCCUUCAUGUGGCGAGUCAUCCAGCAGCAGAAUCUGGAAUAUUUUGACAAGCUUGAAGAAUACAUCCUCCUCAUAACAAGAAUGGUCCCUGAGAUUAUAAGCGAAAGACAGAGAAGUGUGCUCAUUACGGGUCUGAGAGCAAAGAUGAUUCUUGAAAUGUGCAAAGAUGAGUUACCAACCGACCUACAGACUGUCAGGGCACAUCUUCAAACAGUUGAGUCUUUCAGUAUGUUUAAGAGCACUGGUUUGGAGGUAGAAUCGUUACAGGGCAGAUUGUUAAAGCUCGUCAUAAGCCUUCUUGAGGACCCAGCUAAAAAAGAGCGUUUUUUUCGGGAGGUGUUCCCACAUGAAUACGGUCCUGAAUUCGACAAAGCCCUGCAGGUCCUUGUCGGCCAUUUUCUUUCCAGACUGGAACAGUUUCUGCCUGUACCCAAUUUCAAACAGGCAGCUCAGUGGCUAGAGACUGAACCCAUAACCUGGGAGGAUAUAGUAGAGAUGAGCUGCGAUCCCACCCACCUGCUUCCCCUCCUACAAAGUGACCAUCAUGGAACCUUAGAGAAAAAUGGACUCCCAUCUGUCGUAGAGGAAAGAAUUAUCUCAGCUUUGUCUCUCACCUCUUUUACUAAUGGGGUCAUCCCAAGUGAACUUAAUUCUGAUGAUCGAUCUGAACCAACUGUCAGCAUGGACACAUCCUCCCAGACAUAUCCGGAUCUGAUGCACGACAGUAAGAUACAUGUUUUAGCCCCUGCGAUUGUCACCUCAGAUCAGUCUCCUAGUGAGCCUGCAUUGGAUGAGCCAGAAUCACUUGCAAAAAAGACACAAGGAGAAGCUGACUCAAAUGAGAAAAGUUUUAAUGAGACCAGGGAGGAGACGAUGAAAACCUCUCAAAUAGAAAGUGGAGAUGAAACAUCUGGAGGAGGUGCUGAGGAAUCACCCACUGGAUCUGAGGGGAACAGUGGACAGAUGCUUAAAGUGAUCGUUCCAAAGCAUCUGUUACCUGCAAUUAAACAGAUCAGCCUGCCCUCUGUUUUACUCGAACGCUGUACGAGCAAUGAACCAGUUCCACUUAAAGUUGUUCCUGUUUCAGAUGCAUCGUCUUCCCUGAAUUCAAAUGUUUCAGAAAAUACUAGAACCUUGCAGAGAAGGUGGCCAAGAGCCCACACGGAACAGCGUGCUAAGAAGGGCAGCUACAAAUGUGUUAAAACACAUUUUCAGACUUCUGUGCAUCAGCGCAAAAGACACAGAAAGUAUUCCUGUCCCAACUGUGACGAGAGUUUUGAGUCUAUGAAAGCAUGGACGAAACAUCGCACAGAACACAAAGAAGAAAAGCCGCAGAGGUGUACUGACUGCGGUGAGGAAUGUGCAAGCCUGCAAGCUCUAGUGUCCCAUUCCAAAACCCAUAACCACGUGGUGAGCGAGAGCUUGCCGACCCCUGAGAAAGUGGCACCUCCUCUGAAACUAUCUCCAGGAGAGUGUAAGUUUUGUGGUAAGACGUUUACUCUAAUCGAGCUGCGAAACCACUUAAAAACCCAUCCAGAGUUCCGACCUCACCAGUGUGACCACUGCGGGAGGUGUUUUGCUAACCUGAGCAACUUGUUGGCUCACAUUUCGAACCACACGGGAGAAAAGCCUCACGUCUGCUUGAACUGUGGCAAAAAGUUCUUCAGCAAGCCGCAGCUUAAGUCCCACAUGAAAUCUCAUUCAAAAGAGCGGCCAUACUGCUGCUCUUACUGCGGGAAGUGCUUCCACACAGCUGGGAACCUUAACAUCCACACAAGGAUACACACAGGAGAGAAACCUUAUACGUGCAUAGAGUGCGGAAAGGCAUUUAGCUCGGCCGGGCGUCUGCAGGUUCACCGUCGCUGCCACACUGGAGAGAAACCUUAUCAGUGCGACGUGUGCGGAAGAGGAUUCAUUGUGUCGAGUCAUCGCACGAUACACAUGAGGUCACACACAGGGGUGCGACCUUUCUCAUGCGAAAUCUGCGGCAAGACCUUUUCGAGGCGUAACUGCUGGAGUGAACAUAUGUACAGUCACACAGACUUGAAACCGUUUCCUUGCCCUGUUUGCUCAAAGAGCUUUAUUCGCCGUAGCCAUCUGAAGAGACACAUGCAGAGCCACAGUGGUGACCAAAGCCAUACUGUUUCAAAGGAUCUGUAAAUGUCUACAAAUAACUCAUAGCUGUGGAGUCUGAAGGCUCCAGGAUUAUUGUGUAAUUUUGAACCUGCUUUAUAGCAAUAAAUCCUGUUAUUUAUUUAGAA